CACCCUCUCAUUCAUAGUCAAUCUUCCUUCAUAUUGUCUGCACACUUUCUCUCUCUACAUCUCUCUCAGUUUCUCUCUCUAGGGUUUUUGCUCAGGUAGAUCAUAGAUGGUCAUGGAUGGGAGAUGGAAGGACGAUUACGGCGUAUUGAAUCUAAGCGCGUUAAAUUUCAAUGGAUCUGCGACGGUUCUGUCAGAUCCGAAGGUUUUUAAUGGAAUGAAUCUUAACGACACGUUUCUAGAUCGAAAUAUUUUGAAUCAUACUCCAGAGUUGAAUCUCAAUGAAACGUUUUUAGAUCGAAAUAUUGUGAAUCGUACGCCAGAGUUGCCUGAUUUGAGCUUUAAGAGGUCGAGUCCGUCUUCUAGCUCAAACAAUGAAGGUGAAAUACAUGACGAUUUCGAACUUAGUGAUGUGGUUUUUAAGUACAUUAAUCAGAUGCUCAUGGAGGAAAACAUAGAAGAGAAGACUUGUACGCUUCACGAGUCUGCGGCUCUUCAAGCCGCAGAGAAAUCUUUGUAUGAUGCUAUGGUAAACAAGUCAGUUUCCUCAUGUAGUUCCGAUCCUAUGGUACCGCUGUAUGAUAAUGACGGCAAGGAUGAGAUUACCAUAGGGGAUUAUAAUUAUUUUGACGGUGAUGCAUUCAUAAGUGGUACCAGUACAGGUUUUAGCUCUGAUUUUAGCGAUUACAAUGUUCCGGUUAUAACGAGUGUGUUCUCAAAUCUUGAUUCGCGGACCGGAUCUCUGUCGUCUUACUGCUCGUCGAACAAUAACAGCAGUGUUAUAGAUUGUUUUGCUGAUUCGCCUUUGAGUGGUCAAAGCGUAUCCGCUAUGCAGUUCCCACUCAGCACCUAUAGGAUCUUAGAUCAACUCGGGAUUAACGAGGCGAAUAAUGUGGUGCUAAAGUCCGAGAAGAAACACGGAAUCGGUUUCUCCAUUCCCGAAGAAUCACGAGGAAAGAAAAACCCGUAUUCGAAAGAUCUAGUUGAUGACGGAAGGAUAUCCAAACAGUCUGCAGUUUAUACGGAACCAACUGUGCGGUCUAAGAUGUUCGACGACGUGUUACUUUGCGGUGAAGGAAAAAACCUUCCGCAAGGUAAUUUCGUUCACAAUGGGGUUAAUAGAGUGCAAAAGAAGGGUAACGCAGGUAAGGGCCGCGGUAAAAAAGGCGUAACCAAGGAUGUGGUGGACUUGCGAACGCUCUUGACGCUUUGUGCACAAGCCGUUGCGGCUAAUGACCAAAGGGGUGCGUUCGAUCUACUGAAUCAGAUACGAAAACACGCGUCACCGUCAGGUGACGGAAUGCAACGAUUAGCGCAUUACUUCGCUGCGGGUCUCGAAGCGCGAAUGGCUGGCUCAGGAACCGAGAUAUACAAUACUCUUCUCUCACGGCCGACAUCCGCUGUCGAUGUGUUGAAAUCGUACCAUUUGUAUCUUAGUUGCUGUCCAUUUUUAAAAAUCUCGAAUUUUUUCUCGAAUAAAACUAUUUUACAUAUUGCCGAAAACAAGAAGAAGCUGCAUAUAGUCGACUUCGGUAUUCUUUACGGCUUUCAGUGGCCAUGCUUCAUACAACGUCUCUCGAAACGGCCCGGUGGUCCGCCGGAGCUUCGAAUCACCGGCAUUGACUUCCCGUGUCCCGGAUUCAAACCAUCCCAGCGGGUCGAGGAGACGGGAAGUCGGCUCGCGAAUUACGCGGAAACGUUUAACGUUCCGUUCAAGUUCAAAGCCAUAGCUCAAAAAUGGGAAACGAUCACACUUGACGAUCUCGAGCUCAAGAGUGACGAAACGUUAGUCGUUAAUUGCGCGUAUCGGUUUCGGUACUUGCUUGACGAGACGGUGAUGCCGGAUUGUCCGAGAAAUAAAGUGUUGAACCUUAUUAAGAAAAUGAAUCCCACUAUCUUUAUCCAGGGUGUUGUUAAUGGCUCGUACAACGCGCCUUUUUUUAUCACGAGGUUUCGCGAAGCGUUGUUUUUCUUCUCGUCUAUGUUCGAUAUGAUCGAGGCUAACGCGACGCGUGAGACCCCAGAUCGGAUGCUGAUUGAAAAAGUGUUUUGGGGGAGAGAAGCGAUGAAUGUUAUCGCUUGUGAAGGUGGCGAGAGAAUUGAGAGACCCGAAACGUAUAAGCAGUGGCAAGUUCGUAAUUUAAGAGCUGGGUUUCGACAGCUCCCGCUUAAUCAAGAAAUUUUGAAACUGGCGAAAGAGAGAGCAAAAUCGUGUUACCCGCAUAAGGAUUUUGGGAUCGAUGAAGUUGGUCAUUGGAUGCUUCAAGGGUGGAAAGGACGGAUUAUAAGUGGAUUAGCGUUAUGGGCACCAGCUGAAUGAUAACGUUCGUUGAUUUGGGAGACGAUGAGGGUACUAGAUCAACACAUCUUGCAUCUGAGUCUGCCAAUAAGGGCGCGUAAGAAGGAAGUAGGUUGCACCCGAGUGUGCUACUUGGAAUACUGAUUUUUUCGGAACCUUGACGAAUGAAGCAUCCAUGUUUGUGCCUUAAGGAUAACGGUCCUUUAUGGUAGCAGCUGAGGUACACCUUCUAGAACCAGGUUGGAGUGCAUUUAUUGAUAGUAUAACAUGGGGGAAACGUCAUAGAUUACAAUUCAUAGGUUUGAAUUCUUUAAGAAUAUGUAUUAUUUAUUUUGAGAUGCCCUUUGGAGUCUUGAUGGACAACACUUAUAAUAUUAUCGUCAAUUUAAUUGUAUUAUAUGACCUUGUUGACG